CAUCAAACGUCAUUUGUGUAUUGUGAAAUUCGCUGCUUUUUCACAGAGACUGGUGGCGUUUUGUUGUUUAGCUGCAAGAAAUUCGACAAAAAAACAGCUAAUCGCACCAAAUGAAAUUCAUGCAACGAAUUUUCUCAGUAUUUUAUUGCAUUCACUUUUGAACGUAAGCAUUUGUUUUGUGAAUUAAAAUGGCACCACCAAAGAAAUUCUCAAAAAAGUCCGACUCAUCGAAGGCUGCUAGUUUAGCUGCAUCAUCAAAAUAUGAUAAAAAGUAUCAAACCGAUGUGUACGUCGAUGAUGACAGUUCGCAAGGUAAUUUCGAUGAAGACGGUGGUAUACCAGCUGCAGCAGCAAAAAAUGCCGAAAAAUAUGAUGAAUCGGUGAAUGAAGAUGAAUAUGGUGCAAAAGAUUAUCGAUCGCAAAUGGAAUUGAAAAUUGAUCAUGCAUCACGACCACUUUGGGUCGCACCAAACGGUCACAUCUUUUUGGAAUCAUUUUCACCCGUUUACAAACAUGCUCAUGACUUUUUGAUCGCCAUCUCGGAGCCAGUGUGUCGGCCGGAACACAUUCACGAGUACAAACUUACGGCGUACAGUUUGUAUGCGGCUGUUUCAGUUGGAUUGCAAACAAAUGAUAUUAUCGAAUACUUGAAGCGGCUCAGCAAAACGUCAAUACCACAAGGUAUCAUCGAAUUCAUACAACUGUGCACACUGUCGUACGGUAAAGUAAAAUUGGUGCUAAAGCACAAUAAAUAUUUUGUCGAAAGUCCACAUCCGGAAAUCCUGCAGAAAAUUCUAAAAGAUCCCGUUGUUCAAAGCUGCCGAUUGAAACGCAGCGAAAAAGAAGAAGGCGAUGGAUUUAUUGUCAGUGCAGCGGAUAAAACCAAAACCAAUUUGUUCAAUCAAAAUGCACAAAGCGGUGCGGCAGCACCUGGGCAAACUGAGAUUGACAAAUCAAAUGCACCGGUGGACGGCGCCACCGUUGUUCCAGACGAUAUCACCAAUUUCUACGAUAAAAUUGACAACGAAGAUGACGAAGAAAAUCUUAACCUAAAUACUGUGUCAUUUGAGGUGAACCAGGAAAAAAUUGAAGUAUUACAAAAACGAUGCAUCGAAAUUGAACAUCCACUGCUGGCCGAAUAUGACUUUCGAAAUGAUACGGUUAAUCCAGAUAUCAAUAUAGAUCUGAAACCAGCCGCUGUUCUUCGGCCAUAUCAAGAGAAAAGCUUGCGUAAAAUGUUUGGCAACGGACGUGCUCGAUCUGGUGUGAUUGUAUUGCCAUGCGGUGCGGGAAAAUCACUGGUUGGCGUUACUGCAUGCUGUACGGUACGCAAGCGAGCCCUUGUGCUCUGCAACUCCGGCGUUUCGGUCGAACAAUGGAAACAACAAUUUAAAAUGUGGUCAACGGCUGAUGACAGCAUGAUUUGCCGGUUCACAUCUGAUGCAAAAGACAAACCAAUGGGCUGUGGUAUUUUAGUUACAACUUAUUCAAUGAUAACGCACACACAAAAACGUUCCUGGGAAGCGGAACAAACGAUGCGUUGGCUUCAAGAACAAGAAUGGGGUAUUAUGGUUCUGGACGAAGUACACACCAUUCCGGCAAAGAUGUUCCGUCGAGUAUUGACCAUCGUUCAGAGUCACUGCAAACUCGGUCUCACGGCCACACUGCUGCGUGAAGAUGAUAAGAUUGCCGAUUUGAAUUUCUUGAUCGGUCCCAAGCUGUACGAAGCCAACUGGUUGGAAUUGCAGAAGAAAGGCUUCAUUGCACGUGUGCAGUGCGCUGAAGUUUGGUGCCCUAUGAGCCCCGAAUUCUACAAUGAAUAUCUCACGACAAAAACAUCCAAAAAACUAUUGCUGUAUGUGAUGAACCCGUCAAAAUUCCGUGCCACACAGUUUCUCAUCAAAUACCAUGAGCAACGUGGCGACAAAACCAUUGUGUUCAGUGAUAAUGUGUUCGCGUUGAAACAUUACGCCAUCAAAAUGAACAAACCGUACAUUUAUGGUCCCACAUCGCAGAAUGAACGUAUCCAAAUAUUGCAAAACUUCAAAUUCAAUCCCAAAGUAAACACAAUCUUUGUGAGUAAAGUGGCUGACACCAGUUUCGAUUUGCCCGAAGCAAAUGUACUCAUCCAAAUCUCAUCGCACGGCGGUUCACGGCGUCAAGAGGCACAGCGUUUGGGUCGUAUUUUGCGUGCGAAAAAGGGAGCCGUUGCCGAAGAAUACAACGCCUUCUUUUAUACGCUCGUUUCACAAGACACAAUGGAAAUGAACUACUCACGUAAACGUCAACGAUUCUUGGUGAAUCAAGGCUACAGCUACAAAGUGAUCACACAUUUGUCUGGCAUGGAUAAUGAUCCUGAUUUGUUCUACAAAUCACGAGAAGAACAAGGACAUCUACUACAACAAGUGCUUCAAGCGUCAGACAUUGAUUGUGAAGACGAACGACUACCGGGCGAAGGUGGAUUUGCCAAUCGCGGUGGUGUCAAGAGAACUGGCGGGUUGAGCUCGGUUUCUGGCGGCGACGAUGCCGUUUACUAUGAACAAAGACGUAAAGCCGCUCACAACGUUCAUCCAUUGUUUAAGAAAUUCCGAGGAUAAAUUUUUUUUUAUCUUUUGUACGAAUGCUCAUUUGUUGACCUUUUUACAUGAAAUAAAUUUGGACAAAAAAAAUCUGCAAAAAAAUGUGAAA